CUCGCGUAUAUAAACCAUCGCUAGGGUUUUGAGGAGCCGCCUGGAGCCAUCGCCGCUCGGAGAGGGAGUGGCUGCAACCCAGGGGGUGAAAGGAGGUAAGUGAGAUGUCUCACCGAAAGUUUGAGCACCCUAGGCAUGGGUCUCUUGGGUUUCUUCCAAGGAAGCGAGCAUCUCGCCACCGCGGGAAAGUGAAGUCCUUUCCAAAGGAUGACCCAACAAAACCUUGCAAGCUGACAGCCUUCCUCGGUUACAAGGCUGGAAUGACUCACAUUGUCCGAGAGGUCGACAAACCAGGAUCAAAGCUCCACAAGAAGGAGACAUGCGAAGCUGUGACCGUCAUAGAAACUCCACCGAUGGUUGUUGUUGGAGUUGUUGGUUAUGUGAAGACACCACGUGGCCUCCGCUCUCUUAAUACAGUGUGGGCUCAACAUCUAAGUGAGGAAGUGAGGAGGAGAUUCUACAAGAACUGGUACAAGAGCAAGAAGAAGGCCUUUACAAAGUACUCCAAGAAAUAUGAAUCUGAGGAGGGAAAGGAAGAGAUUCAGACACAGCUGGAGAAGAUGAAGAAAUAUGCAUCUGUUGUUCGUGUACUGGCUCACACUCAGAUAAGAAAGAUGAAGGGUCUGAAACAGAAAAAGGCUCACUUGAUGGAGAUCCAGGUGAAUGGGGGAACAGUAGCACAGAAGGUGGACUUUGCUUGUGGCUUUUUCGAAAAGCAAAUCCCAAUCGAUGCCGUGUUCCAGAAAGAUGAGAUGAUUGACAUCAUUGGUGUAACCAAAGGUAAGGGCUAUGAAGGUGUUGUAACUCGUUGGGGUGUCACCCGUCUUCCACGCAAAACUCACAGGGGCCUUCGCAAGGUUGCUUGUAUUGGUGCAUGGCAUCCUGCCAGAGUGUCCUACACUGUUGCUCGUGCUGGGCAGAAUGGAUACCACCACCGCACUGAAAUGAACAAGAAGAUCUACAAACUCGGCAAAGCUGGAGAUGAGUCACAUGCUGCUAUUACUGAGUUUGACAGGACUGAGAAGGAUAUUACCCCCAUGGGUGGUUUCCCUCACUAUGGUAUAGUGAAGGAUGACUAUGUUAUGAUCAAGGGCUGCUGUGUUGGCCCCAAGAAGAGAGUUGUUACACUUCGCCAGUCCCUGUUGAAGCAGACUUCUCGUGUGGCUCUUGAGGAAAUCAAGCUCAAGUUCAUCGAUACCUCAUCUAAGUUUGGGCAUGGACGCUUCCAGACUACUCAAGAGAAGCAGAAGUUUUAUGGUAGGCUGAAGGCUUGAAUUGUCUCUGCCACCAACGCAGUAGAUUAAUUUUAUUUCAUGAGUCUCUUAAUUGAGGACCUGUCCUUUGUUUUCGUGGGUUUUAUGUUCGCUUUGACAUUUUAAAGAAAGGUGAGUUGGAACUAGUACUGAGAUAAGCUACUAUUCGUACCUUUUUUCCUGCUUAUGAUGUGACUUGAGAGUUCAUUUGAGUAAAUUUUGAACUUCAAUAAUUGGCUUUGGAUGA